AGAUGAGAGCUUACUAUAUAAAUAAACUAAACACUCACCCCUACGUACUAUAACCUAACCUGAUAAUAAACCCCAUCCUCACACGCACUCCAUUUUUUUGUGCAAACGCCUCCAUCCUUCUUUGAACUCUCCGUCAAAUCUCUUAUCCGAUGGCCUCGACUUUUGCUGGUGUCACAGCAGUUGGAUCAUUGGCUUCUUCUGGUAACAAUAAGUUAUCGUCUUUUGCCUCAAUAUCUUCUAGCUCAUUGGGCAGGAGACACAACCUUCCUCUCCGAAGGGCCCCACAAACUUCCCAAAUCAAAGCCGCCGCAAAGGAACUGUACUUUAACAAGGACGGGUCAGCGACAAAGAAGCUACAGAUUGGCGUAAACAAACUUGCUGAUCUUGUCGGUCUUACUCUUGGCCCUAAGGGCAGAAAUGUAGUUCUAGAAAGCAAGUACGGUGCACCCAAAAUUGUGAAUGACGGUGUUACUGUUGCCAAAGAGAUUGAUUUGGUAGACCCAGUGGAGAACAUCGGUGCGAAACUUGUUAGACAAGCAGCUGCGAAGACCAAUGACUUAGCUGGAGAUGGAACCACAACGUCUGUAGUCCUUGCACAAGGUCUUAUUACAGAAGGUGUCAAGGUUGUAGCAGCUGGUGCAAAUCCGGUCCUUAUCACCAGAGGCAUCGAGAAGACUACUAAAGCCUUGGUGGCUGAGCUCAAGUUGAUCUCAAAAGAGGUUGAAGAUAGCGAACUAGCCGAUGUUGCUGCGGUUAGUGCUGGUAACAACUACGAGGUAGGAAACAUGAUAGCGGAAGCCAUGAGUAAAGUUGGACGCAAGGGUGUGGUGACUCUCGAGGAGGGCAAAAGUGCCGAAAACAGUCUUUACGUUGUUGAAGGGAUGCAAUUUGACCGUGGUUACAUCUCACCUUACUUUGUAACCGAUAGUGAGAAAAUGGUUACCGAAUUUGAGAACUGCAAGUUAUUAUUGGUGGACAAGAAAGUAACGAGUGCGAGAGAUCUCAUCAGUGUGUUGGAGGACGCAAUAAAAAACGGCUACCCUAUACUCAUAAUCGCCGAAGAUAUUGAACAAGAAGCGUUAGCGACUCUCGUUGUGAACAAACUUAGAGGGUCGUUAAAGAUCGCUGCGCUAAAAGCUCCGGGUUUCGGAGAGCGGAAAAGCCAGUAUCUUGAUGACAUUGCUAUCUUGACCGGAGGAACUGUUAUUAGAGAUGAAGUGGGGCUCACCUUAGACAAAGCCGACAGUUCCGUGUUGGGGCAUGCGGCAAAAGUGGUUCUCACAAAGGAUUCUACUACAAUAGUUAGUGACGGGAGCUCUCAAGCAGCGGUUGAAAAGCGCGUGGCACAAAUUAGAAACCUUAUUGAGGCAGCUGAUCAAGAUUACGAAAAGGAAAAGCUUAAUGAGAGAAUUGCUAAACUCGCUGGCGGUGUUGCUGUCAUUCAGGUUGGAGCACAAACUGAAACAGAGCUAAAGGAGAAAAAACUUCGUGUAGAAGAUGCUCUUAAUGCAACGAAGGCUGCAGUUGAGGAAGGUAUCGUUGUCGGUGGUGGAUGCACUCUAUUGAGACUUGCCUCUAAAGUGGAAGCUAUCAAGGAGACCCUCGAUAAUGAUGAAGAAAAGGUUGGAGCAGAUAUUGUUAAGAGAGCCUUGAGCUAUCCCCUGAAGUUGAUUGCACAGAAUGCGGGUGUCAACGGAAGUGUCGUUAGUGAGAGGGUUCUGGCAACUGAUGAUGUCAGAUUUGGAUAUAAUGCUGCUACUGAUACAUAUGAAGAUUUAAUGUCAGCUGGAAUCAUCGAUCCAACUAAGGUGGUGAGAUGUUGUCUAGAGCAUGCUUCAUCGGUUGCAAAAACAUUUUUGAUGUCUGACUGUGUAGUUGUAGAGAUCAAGGAGCCAGCGCCUGCGCCUGUUGGAAACCCAAUGGACAAUUCUGGCUAUGGAUACUAAUGCAUUUGAGGAAUGUGUAACAAGGUGAUUGGAUUUUGGUAUUAGUUACAUAUAGCUGUGGUUUAGAUGAGGCGAGUCGAGGCGUGUAUGAGAUGAAUAACAACUUUUUGUGAGAAUGAAAUGGAAAAAUAAACGAUUUAUUUAGUCUU